UGCACGGCGGGGGCGCGUCUCCGGACGGCUCCGCGUGCGGUUCCGCGUGCAGCUGCCCGAGCAGCGCGGGAAGCGGCCCAGCGCUUCGUGGUCGCCUCCGCCGCCGAGGUGGUGUGUCUCCCCGCGCGGGCCCCCGGAGCGCGGCGCCAUGGAGGUGGUGGAGGCCGCCGCCGCUCAGCUGCAAACCCUGAAAUUCGGUGGCGCCGGCGUCGGGGUUGACCAAGGUCUGGCCGUGCCGGCUCCGGACCCCGCUCCGGUCGCAGCGCCGCGGGCGGACGAGGGGGCCCCGGACCUUGCGGGGGAGCAGCCGCCUCAGCUCGCCCCGCCGUCGCUCCCGGAGCCGCCUCCCGGAGGGAUCAGCCUGGAGACGUCGGACUCGGACUCGGACUCCGACUCGGACAGUGAAACAGAUUCCGAUAGUUCAAGCUCCUCUUCUUCCUCAUCCUCCUCCUCAUCGUCUUCGUCUCCUAUAUCCCUCCCUGCAGUGCUGUCGGAUGGAGACGAUGAUUUACAAGUUGAGAAGGAAAAUAAGAAUUUUCCUCUUAAAACAAAAGAUGAGUUACUUCUUAGUGAACUACCUUCUGUUGAAGAACUCACUAUUGUUCUGCCUGAAGGUAUUGAAUUAAAGCCUCUUGGGAUGGUUUCAAGUAUUAUUGAACAAUUAGUAAUAAUUGAAUCUAUGACUAACGUACCUCCAGUUAAUGAGGAGACUGUAGUUUUUAAAAGUGAUCGACAGGCAGCAGGAAAGAUAUUUGAGAUAUUUGGACCUGUCGCGCACCCAUUUUAUGUGUUACGGUUUAAUUCUUCAGAGCACAUUGAGAAUAAAGGUAUUAAAAUAAAGGACACUAUGUAUUUUGCUCCAUCAAUGAAAGACUUCACCCAAUAUAUAUUCACAGAAAGACUUAAACAGGAUAGGGGAUCAGAUGCAUCAUGGAAGAAUGAUCAAGAACCACCACCAGAGGCCUUAGAUUUCAGUGAUGAUGAAAAGGAAAAAGAAGCCAAACAGAGAAAAAAAUCUCAGAUUCAAGGCCGCAAAAAAUUCAGAUCUGAAUUUAAUGAACCAGGUGAAGGUUUUUCAGAAGUACAUCAGAAUUGGAAUGUUCAUAACUCUGCUUCAGAGCCUUCAAAAGGAUAUCACAGCAGAGAAUUCACACGAGGGUUUUCCCGGGGCAGAUAUCCUCGGUCUUGUCCUGGCAGGCCCCCACCUCCACAGUUUUAUAACUCAGAGCACAUGGUACCUCAGGAGACUUCAGGAUUUCCACCCCAGAGACAGGACGGCCCUAUGAUGCCAGGGUAUCCCUUCCCUCCUCCCGGGUUUGACAUGCAUAACUUCUCACUCCCUCCCCCUCCGCCACCCCUGCCACCGCCUCCUGCAUCUGCAAAUGUGGGCUGGGCUGCCCCUGCUGCGGCGCCUCACCCGUUAAUUCCCCUACCAUACUCCCUCCCGCCACCUCCGCCCCCCCCACCUCCGCCUCCCCCUGCCUCUUCUGGAGAUAGUCACGCUUCUCAUUUUGGUCCUUACUAUUAGGUGGAUGUACGCAUUUCCUGAGAAAUGUGGACUUUUAUAUAUAUACACACACACGCACACACACACGCACGUGCACAUACACAUACACACAUAUAUAUAGGAUUUUUUUUUAAAAAAGAGAUCAUGUAGCUAGAGUUUUAAAACAUUGUAAAUUACUAAAUGGUUCCUUCAGUUGUAAGUUGAUAUAUAUUAUAAUCUUUAUGAAAUUGUAUUCAUGAAAAUUUAACAUUAAACUUGUAGGGGGGGGAAUCCAAUUAUGUGGUAUUAAAACUUUGAACACUACCCAGUUAAACAGUAUGUGUAGAUCUAAUAAUAAUAGAUCUGGAGCAACUUUCAUCAUGGGUUAAAAUGCACUGAGUAUAUUAUGUUUUUGGUAUAUCUGAAAAUAAGAUGUUAAGUCCUAUUGAGAGUCUUUAAAAUAAACUAUUUUUAUAAACUUA